AUGAGUCUCAAGCUCUACUACAAAACAUACUCAACGGCUGAUUUAACCGUCGCGGUCCUAGCUGAGCUGGAACAUGGACUGUCUGAGCCUAUCGCGGAGAGAAUCGAGGUUGACCUCCAAAAGGGAGAAAGCCGCACCCCGGAGUAUCUUAAGGGUGUAAACCCUAAUGGACUUGUUCCGGCUAUAGUCCACGAUGGCGUAAGCAUUUGGGAAGCUUCUGCUAUCACUAUGUACCUCGGUGAAACCUUUGGAGUGGAGCGUCCUCCUAAUAAUAAAGAAGCGCCUGUGCUCUAUCCCCCUCCCGGCACCUCCCGUGGGAAGGCUAUGACGUGGAUUGUCUGGUCAAGCACUGAACUUGGGAAGAAAGGAAUUGCGCUUGGAGAAAGCCAGGCAUCUAAGUCGAAGGCUCAGUUGGAUAAGGCAGAUUAUAUCCUUGGGGACUGGUACUCGAUUGUUGACACGCAUCUCUGGGCUACUCUCAGGUGGUUGACUUAUAUGGGAUUGGACCUUGCUGCAUUCCCAGCCCUGGCGGCCUGGAAAAAGAAGAUUGAACAGAGGCCGGCUAUUCAGCGGCUUCAACAGCAGUAA